AUGGCCACUCCCUGCAGCCCCCACUCUUACUCCGCAGCUCUCGGCAGGGCCUUGCUUCUCUCCCCCCACGGGCGCGGGGCUGAGCCUGAUAGGAGGGGCGGGGAUCAGCUGGUUCUGCCAGCAGCCGGGCACACACGGGUCACUGUGAGCAGGAAAGCUGCACGCCCCGCCGGGCAGGGGGGAUUUUUCCUUGUCCCGCUGCCCCCCCUCCCGGAGAAUCGCGCCUCCAGUCUGUCCCGCCCCUCAGCCCCCGGAGAGGACCCCGCCGCCCCGGGAACAGGCAGCAGAUGUCGAGUUCGCCUCCCGCUGCGGGUCCCUGGAACUCUCUUGCUGAGAUUCACCGAUGACACGUUUGAGCCGUACUUGAACCCCACGAUAGGUGUUGAUUUUAAAGUGAAGAAAAUGGUGGUUGACGGCAAUCCAGUUCAACUUGCAAUAUGGGAUACAGCGGGACAGGAACGGUUUAGAACACUGACUCCCAGUUAUUACCGAGGCGCUCAAGGUGUUAUUUUAGUGUAUGAUGUCACGAGAAAAGACACUUUCACAAACCUAAUGACCUGGCUGAACGAGCUGGAGGCAUAUGCUACGCGGAGCAACAUUGUAAAAAUGUUAGUUGGCAAUAAAAUUGACAAGCCAGAUCGUGAGAUAAACAAAAGGGAGGGACUCCAGUUCGCUAGGAAACACUCAAUGCUCUUUAUAGAGACCAGUGCUAAAACACGGGAUGGAGUACAAUGUGCCUUUGAGGAAGUGGUUAUAAAGAUCCUACAGACUCCAGGACUUUGGGAUAAAGACAAACAAAAGUUUGGAGUCCAGUUGGAGACUGCAACACACACAGAGGAAGACUUUUGUGGUGGAUACUGUACACUUACUUAAAUUCACAGGUGCCUAUUCCAUCCGACCAGCUGUACUUUCAGGCAUGUUGCUAAGAGCUUACAAAGAGACAAUCCAACUUCUAUUCUGGACACAUGUGAUUCAUGCUAUGGGACCAACCCAGAUGGGUUCAUUUCAGCACACCUGCCUGGUUUUAAAAUAAUAGAUUUGAUGGUUACUAUGUUGGCAAAAAUGGAAUGGAUAUUUAUUUGUAUGAAGCAUGGUACCUCUUGCUCUGACAUUCUUUGCUCAAAAAAUAAGACUGCAGUGUCAGAUAGCAGCAGAACGUUAUUCGUCAUAGGGCUAAUAAUAGAGCCAAGCUGUCCAAUCCUCAGGCUUUAUUGAAAAGCUUUCAAUCUCUACAGUAAGUGUGCAAUGUCCUCAGGCAGCCAAGUUCCCUUGAAGUGUUGAAAAGACACUUCCCAUGCUACAAUCUGGGAUAAUCACUGAUUCUACCUCCCUGUUUCAGGUGCUUUUAUGUGCUGGAACUCCCUCUGAGACCUUUUCCAUUCGACUUAUCCAGAACAUUUCAUCCAGUUCUCUCGGAUCCAAAAACUCAGUUCAACUCCAGCUCAUCACUCGGUUACUUCAUUAGGCAUGGAACAAUUCUGUGCCCACAUUAGCCAGGCCUAGACGCAGGUGGUUUAGAUACAGGGUGACACAUUUAAAAAGUAUAGAUGUUAGUAGCUGGAAAAAUGUGUAAUUGGUUUGGACAUCAUACGGAUCAUGUAAGGACCAGUUGCUUUGCAGAUUGCGUAGGGCCCAAUCACUUCUGUCUUCACCUUAGGUACAUUUCAAGCUUAUCAGUUCAAAGUGUCCCCACUUACCUCAGCUAGUUCAAAAACACUGUCUCCGGAAGACUAGGUGACCAGAUUACAUGAACAAAAUAUUGGGACACAUGGGGGGGGGGGGCAGGUCCGGAGUGCCGCCGAAGCCAAAAAAAACCAAAAACAAACCCGAGCUUGAGUGCCGCCGAAGCGAAAAAAAAAAACAAACAAACAAACAAACAAAAAAACCCGAGCCAGAAUAUCGGGACAAAUGGCGUCCUGACCGUACAUUUGUCGGGACGCAGGCCAAACGACUAAAUAUCGGGACGGUCCCGAUUUUAUCGGGACGUCUGGUCACCCUACAGAAGACAGCCUGUCAUACCCUUGUUUUACAGUUGAACCUCGCACUCAACUUGAGCUAUAUGCAAGUUGAUUCAUGACCAGCGAGCUCUAGGCCUACAUUAUGUAGUAUAUGUUGCUGCUAAAUGUUCCCAAGUCAGAUGUAAUCCAGCUGCCUAUCCAAAAUACUCUGGGUGAGGACAGUCAUUUCAGUGUCACACUCGUGGGAGGUAGGCUUUUUCCACUUACUUUUCUGUUGCAAACCCAGGUGUUUACAUGCAGCUCUGUGUAGAUUUACUCCUCGCUGUUUCUUACGUAAUUUCUACCAACAGCUAGGAUCAGUGACUAUUAGAACUGUAUUGUUUUAGGCUCUAAUUCCACAAGCCACUUCUGUAAUGCAGAUCCCCAUUGCUAUUAACAGGGCUGUGUGUGGGCACAGUGGUCUGCCCGGGUGGAGCAUCUUGCAGGAUCAGGAAUGUAAUCAGUGUUCCUUCAAACUGAAUGUGAUCAAUAAAAAAUCUGGUUUAAAGCUACGUGACAGCAAGUGAGGCUCUAGAGAAUUUUCCACUGAAAACAAGAUCCUUCUCUCCAUUUUCUUACAGUUUCCAUAGUGGAGUUCUGGUAAUUAGUUGCCACUUAUCUUUAUUAUUUCCCACUACACUGAAUCACUUCUCUUGACAUUAGAGUUUGAGUUUAUGGAUGCAGCUGUGGCUCUUCUAAAAACUUUGAAAUUACUGGGCCAGAUUCUGACCCUACGUAUGUUGCCUUCUGUAGAAUUACUGCAGGUUUCAGCAGCAAUUGAGACAAGAACCUGGCUGGCUGUUUUAACACAGCCAAUCUCAGCCAGCAGAAGAGAUCACUACGACAGCAAUAAAUAAGUUGGAUGCAGCAGGUUUUGCAAGAAGGUCCUCAUGAUUAGGGCUGCUUUAAAGAGGACCUGGUGCACUGUGGGAACUGUCUCCUUUUAUGGUUCUCUUUAGCUAAGCUACAAAUGAAAAUCCAAAGGUUUCAUGCUAGUUAUGGUGUUUAAAUUAGUCUCAAAAGUCUCUUAGCCUGCUCUACCCAGCAUGUGAGUGGAAGAGGGUGACCACUAACGUGACCCUCAGGAAAGUUCAGACUAAACAACUAAAGCAGUGAAGUCAGCAUGCCUGAAUUAAAGCACAUUCAAUCCCUGUGUGGAUGCUCUCAUUCAGAAGUAAAGUGGCCUUAGUUCACUGUAGCUUAUUUCUACUUGUCCCAUGCAGACAAGCCCUGACAUUCAUCUCUUGAAUAACAUAAAGGUCCAAAGCUUCUGUUGAAUGAAUAAGAGAGGGAACACAAGGGAAUUUAAGGGUGACAGUAGGUGGCGGGGAGUUGGCUGGGAUCAAGAGGAAAUCUGAAUUCAUGGAAUCAGAAAUAGAAGAGACUGACAAGGGCAUCCUAGAGUUGCAACUAUAAUACUUAUCUCUAAGAUUGGCUUACCUUUCAGCCCUUAAUAACUACAGGCAGUGUUCCCUAUGUGCAUAGCUGUUUCUGAACUACUAGCACAAGUUCCAGAACUGCAGUAUAUGCACGGGUGAGAGAGCGAGUGAGUAUGCACACAGCACGUGUACAGUCAUUGCUUCAUGCAGCAGUGACCACUGUGCAGCUGGUUCCAUUCUGUGACUGGAAUGGUGCCAUGCCUAGAUACUAUGCUAAUUGGUGCUAUGUAAAUACCAUAGAUACAAUAAUUGGAGUCUACCACCCUCUCAGUAGGAGUUUGCUACUCAUCAGCUAUUGGACUAAAUGUAACAAACUGCCUCUCCUACCUUACAUACAAGUAAUAUGCCCCAGCCUCCUUGUCUGUAAUACUGAAUGUCAUUUCACAGUAUUUGUAUCUUCUCUCUACAUCUGUCAGCACGGGCUCUAAGCUCUGUAGUAGCUAUACGGCUGUAAACUAUUUAAUGAUUCCUAAAAUAUGCUGUUGUUUUAAAAUAAUGCCUGUUUAAUAGUUCCCUCCUGUUAUAGUCUACUUUUGCACUUUAAUUAAUUAAUUGCCCUGGCAAGACCCUGCUACUCCACCCCCCACAUAUGGGUAAGUGGUAUCAGUAACUAAGUAGUGUGUAGGUCUCUAGCUAUGCAUUCUCAUUAGCGCUAAUGAGAAUUAGACCACGCACGUGCAGACAUUAAGAAUGUACCCCGCCAUGAAAAAUGCACACCUUUAUGUGCGUGGAAUAGUACCGUAAUAGAAAAUAGUUUAAUUGGUCUUUUUAAUACAGUAUUUUUAGAGCUUCAAAGGGACAUUCAUAUCAAACAUGACCCCAUCUUAGGUUCAAUAAAAUUAAACUUUCAAAAAAAAUGAAACAUCAUAGAAAUGUCUCCAUGAAUGUUAUGCAUUUCAGUGGAAACAGCUUACUUUGAACAGCAAACACAGAAUUUUUUUUUUAAUUAUUUUAUCUUUGAACUAGUGCAAGAAAACCUAAAAGUGAAAUUGUCUAGAAGCCAACUGUAAAGAAAAACAAAACUCUUCAAGAUGAGAGGUGCAAACAGUGACCAAACAGCAUAAACAGGAAAAAUCAGAUAAUUAAAACUGGAAGAAUUUUAAAAUUAAAACUAAGGUGUAUGUAACAUAUGAAGAAAAUAAUAAUAAAAAUCCUCUACUCUGUCUCACUAUUAAAGGACACUGUCAAGUUAGAAAUAAUUAUUGAAUUUUAACUUUUAUUGUAUAAUAAAGCAUUUGAUGAUAAUACCGAUCAAGUCCAUAAAAAUUUAGCAAGUUUUCCUCCUUAGCUAGUAUGAUUGUGUGUUACGUGCAUUAGUGUAAUACAACAGAUGUCAUAUAAAACUAUUUAUUUAUAAAUAUAAACAUUCUGACACUUG